CUUACCCUAGUUUUUCAAAAGUCUCUGUUUUUCUUUGGAAAUCUGGGAAAAUUUUUGAAUCCAAAGAGAAAAAGCGGAAAGAAAAAAAAAGCAAAAUCAAACUUUAAGUUUCUUUUCUUUUCAUCAUAGUGUCUUGUCGAUAUCUGUUCAAUUUUCUCGGCAGAUCUAAGGGCAAUUUUUUAAUUUUUAUUUUCAUUUUCUUUGUUCCGUCGAAGUGUGAAGCUUUAUUCUGUGAGCAGUGUUAAUGGCGGGUUACAGAGCUGAUGAUGAUUACGACUACCUUUUCAAGGUUGUUCUAAUCGGUGAUUCGGGUGUUGGAAAGUCCAAUUUGCUUUCUCGAUUCACCAGGAACGAGUUUAGCCUCGAGUCUAAAUCCACGAUCGGUGUCGAGUUCGCGACUCGGAGCUUGAAUGUUAACGAAAAAGUCAUCAAAGCCCAGAUUUGGGAUACUGCUGGCCAAGAAAGGUACCGAGCAAUCACUAGUGCAUACUACAGAGGAGCAGUUGGGGCGCUUCUUAUCUACGAUGUAACUCGACACUCCACAUUCGAAAACGUUGAGAGAUGGCUAAAGGAACUUCGUGACCAUACCGAUCCAAACAUCGUUGUGAUGCUCGUGGGAAACAAAUCCGAUCUUCGUCAUCUUGUGGCUGUUCAAACCGAAGACGCGAAGUCUUUUGCGGAGAACGAAUCGCUCUACUUCAUGGAAACUUCGGCACUUGAAGCUACUAAUGUUGAGAACGCGUUCUCUGAAGUGCUCACUCAGAUUUACCAUGUUGUGAGCAAGAAAGCAAUGGAGGCUGGUGGUGAUUCGAACUCGGGUAAUGUUCCUUCGAAAGGUGAGAAGAUCGAUGUUGAUGUCUCUGCUGUGAAGAAGACCGGUUGCUGCUCGAACUAAAAGACUUGUCUCUUGCAGAUUGAGGGGUUUGGUCUUGUGUCCUCAAGCCAAGAUCGGUUUUUUUUUCGUUCUUUACAUUCAAAAUUCUUUUGAAGGUGUUUGCUUUUUUUAGGAAAAAACAAUCUACAUGUUAUGUAUGCUUUGACUUGCUUGCUUGAAAUUUGCUUAGCUUUGUUCUGUUUCUGUACCGGUUAAAGAGAUUUUGUAAUUUAACCGGUUCUGGUCUA